AAUAAUUUGACCUUAGUUCUUUGAUUUUCAUAUUUCAGCUCAUUGGAAAAACGCCGCUUGUGUUUCUCAACAAAGUCACUGAGGGAUGUGGAGCUUAUAUUGCUGUCAAGCAAGAAAUGAUGCAACCAACUGCAAGCAUCAAAGACAGACCAGCAUUGGCCAUGAUCACUGAUGCAGAAAAGAAAAACUUGAUUAGUCCGGGAAAGACUACUUUGAUAGAGCCCACAUCUGGAAAUAUGGGUAUCAGUAUGGCAUUCAUGGCAGCCAUGAAAGGAUACAAGAUGGUUUUAACCAUGCCCUCGUACAUACAUUUUGAAACAACUGGUCCCGAGAUUUGGGAGGACACUCUUGGAAAAGUUGACAUAUUUGUGAUGGGAAUUGGCAGUGGAGGCACUGUCUCCGGGGUUGGACAAUACCUCAAAUCCAUGAAUCCUAAUGUCAAGAUAUAUGGAGUUGAGCCUGCUGAAAGCAAUAUACUGAAUGGUGGCAAACCAGGUCCUCAUCAUAUUACUGGCAAUGGAGUUGGAUUCAAACCAGAUAUACUGGACAUGGAUGUGAUGGAAAAAGUUCUCGAGGUUAGCAGCGAAGAUGCAGUAAAUAUGGCUAGGGAAUUGGCAUUGAAGGAAGGUCUCAUGGUGGGAAUAUCUUCCGGGGCCAAUACAGUUGCAGCACUGAGACUUGCAAGAAUGCCAGAAAACAAAGGCAAACUUAUUGUGACUGUUCAUCCAAGUUUCGGGGAGCGAUACCUGUCAUCCGUCCUGUUUCAAGAACUGAGGAAAGAGGCUGAAAACAUGCAACCCGUACCAGUUGAUUAAUAUUAAUGCUUGUAAAAGGGUCUUAAUGGAUGAUCAUUGCGGGCUUCCUUGCGGAAAUCAUUUGUAACCAUGCAGUAACUCUGUUGCAGUGUUCUGUCACAAACGAUAAUAAUAAAAUUUCUAUUCAGUAAAUUGAAUUGCUUGGAAGUUGCAAAUAA